AUGAGUAACCCAGAUAUGAAGACGCUUGAUGAUGUUCAAGGUGUGUCUGUAAAGAAAUUCUUGCGGAGCAAUCAAUCUUAGAGCAUUCUCUAAACCCUCAAACUUGAUAGCAAUGGCUAGCGAACACCAGUCAAGAAGCACAAUAUCCACAUUGAAUAAGUUCUUCCAAUGGGUGAUGCAGGAGGCUACCCAUACCCAAGCAAUUAUGGACUUGGUUCAUCUAUAUCUUAGAGAAAAAGGUAACAUUUCAAUAAGGAAUAGAGACCUCUUAGUAAAGUAAACUAAGAAAUAAAGCUGCCAAGUCACUCAUCUCAAGGCCAAAGAAACUAUACAGCAAAAUCAGUAGUCAAAAACAGAAGGAUUAUAUUUGCAGAGUUCAACAAAAUCUAGUCAUAUGAGCAUCAACACCACCCACACUUUCAGUCGCAGUAGCAAUAUCAGUAGCAACUUAGAAGCAUCGAGAAUAACAUAGAGAAAAAUAAGAUUACGCCUAAUUCACUUAAAGAUAAAUAUUAGUAUCCAUCAAAUCAAACUUCCUCCAACCCAGUUCCAACUCAAGCUCCUUCAGAGUUAUCAACAAAGCGCUAUGUUAUCAAUGUGAAUGCAGAUGAGGAAAACUUUAAAUCGGUAGUCAAUGACGGUAAGCCUUAGUCUCCUUUCGAAAAAUACAUGACAGACAUAAAGACUGAGAAGGGUGAUAAGCCAUACUCAAACCUAGAUAAGGAAGAAAUUGAAAGAUUCAACAGAAGACUAAGCUUUAAAAAGUUUAACAGUAACAGAAGAUCACUUAAGACUCUAACUAAUUCACCUGAUACUUAAAAAGUCUUGCCCAAGAAGAAGAAGCUAAUCACUAAAUCAGGCACACUUACUUUGCCAGAUAGAGAAGGAGAUCCAGAAUCUUCCAACAGAACUUUGAAAUAGAGAAGCAAAUCAAGAGAGUAAAUUCUAGCGGUUAACAUUAAUGGAAGUCAAGGCGAGUAAUCUAUCAAAGAAUAGGAUGAGCGGUUGCAAUAAAAAUAGACUGCAAAUCAAGAGCCAUCUCCCUUUGGAAUGUUCUAAAACAGAUACUAUUCUAACAACUUUGUGGAAAAUGCUGGACUAUUAUCGAAAGACUCUUAAAAUCCAUGUUCCCGCCGAUUCCCUUUAACUGAGUUGAUUGAUGAUCUGAGGAAGUCUCUUCAGUCCAAGCAAUCUUAAAAUGAGCUUAGCAACUAAAUGUCAUCGAAACUGAGCAAUCAUACCUUUAAGAAGAUUAAAAGCAUAAACGAAAGGCACAUGGACAAAUACAGAAAAUCUAUUUUCAGCGGGAGAGAGAGUUAUGACGAUCACAUAUACUCAUCUGAAAGGAACUAGUGA